GACGUGAUGCAGAGCCUGGGCCUUAGGCCUCUUUGUUCCUCCUGACCUGGGUGUACCGGCAGGAUGGCCUCGCCCCUUAGGGGCAAGUCCUCCGCCCCGCGAGUGGAAAGCACCCGCCACAAGGAGACUGUCCUCGUGGAGACGUCGUCCCACCGCGAGGAAACAUCGUCCCACCGCGUGGAGACGUCCUCCCGGCAGGUUCGAACGUCUUCCCGGCAGGUGGAGACGUCUCUGCGCCACCGAGAGGCGCCCUCCCUCACCCCCUCCACGAAGCGACUCCCCGGAUUCCUCGAGGUGUCCUCCCAGCACGUGGAAACCUCCUCGCAGUGCACGGAAACGUCCUCCAGCCACGUCAGGGCGUCGUCAUCUCUGCGGAUGGAGACGACUGUGCACCGUGUAGAGAGCCCAGCCAGGCGGGACAAGAAAGCUGCUCGCCAGAGUGCCAAAAUGGCCCGAUGAAAGUGGUGCCCAAGGGCCCUGGCCCUUAGCCAGGACCGAAGGGCUUCCAGUUGCCCGCCAGCCAGCUUCCAGGAGAGCCAAGCAUCUUUGGUUUCAUGGAAUCAGCCCAUAAAUCAAUGUAAGAAACAGGCUGUGGUUUCGGGGCGCUGCCAACAUGUAUUGACUUUGCAGCACCUUAGACCACCCUGCUAUUGACCCAGAGUACUAUUUAACUUGAAGCCAGCACAGAAGGGUUUCAGACUUGCCGUACUGCAUAUACCCGGCCGGUGGACGUAGAGGCUCUUUGAGUCUCUGCACCAGUAGUAUCUGGAAGACUGGCUGAAUGUGACCUGGAAAAGCCAGACACCUGACUUCUAUCUAGAUCACUGAUGCUUCAGGAAAGGCACAGGAUCCUGCUAGAGUCUCUGUUGUCCAUCUCUUAAAAGAAAUUUUUAUCUAGGUUUCUUCUUCCACAUUCCACUUAUUCAUGUUUCAAAGCUGGAAUGGAAAGAGAGAUGCAUAGAGCAAGAAGGUGCCAAAGAAGUAAUAGAUAUGAUAAGUCCAUAUUUGCCAUAAUACUAUACUAUACAUUCCACAACUUCAAAAUGACACCGUAUGUUGAAGGUAAUUGUUAAUGUACCUCUUGUACUUUGUAAAUGCGUGUUAGCGUUAGCCAUGCUGUGUGUCGUCUUCACAUUGUUCUCUACAGGAAAUAGUGCUGCUGUACCUGGCACAUGUCAUACAACGUUAAAGACAAUAAGUAACAAUAAUGAACGAAGAGCAGUGGUCUCCAUUUGCAGUCAAGAAAGCCUUUCAUGGCACAAUCUAAAAAUUGGGUUUAUUAUGCUAGGUAAUAGUUGUGUACAACUUGCCUUCAGUUGUACCAGUCAGGUUAGUUUGAAAAACUAAAUAAAUGCAAAUUCUUGGAAAGAGGUCACUUCUUAUUCUCAUAAUCUUCCUUUUUAUAUAUUACCUGAGGGUGGUUUACAAUGUCUACUGUCUAUUGUAUUGAAAAGAAAUGGCUGGCUGUUUUGGUGCAUACUCAUAAUCCCAGGACUAGGAGAGGCUGAUGCAGGAGGAUUACCAUGAGUUCCAGGCCAGCCAGGGCUAUAUAGUAAUUAUCAGACUAGUCAAAGAUAUGAAGCAAGAUCCUAGCUCAAAAAAAAGAAAAAGGAAAGGCAAGCCCAGUAAGAUGGCUUGGAGCAUAAAGGUGCCUGCCACCAAGCCUGAUACCUGAGUUUGAUUCCAGAGACUCACAUGGUAGGAGGAGAGAACAAACUCCCAAAGUUGUCCUCUGACCUCCACACAUAUGCCUCCCCUCACCCUUCUCACACAUAUACAAUAUAUUUAAUUAAAAUUUUUAAGAGGUUGGCAUUAACGGCUUCCUCUUCUCCUGAACUACUCAGGCUACAGGAAGAACCAGGAAUCCAGUUAACAAGGUGUUUUCCUUACAUCUUCAUCUAGACUUUCAAGAAUUCCUGUUUCCCCGUUCUUUCUAUUGCUCCCAGCCUAGAAUGACAAGUACAGGUAUCUGAGCCCUGAAUGUUUGCCCCAGCCUCUACUGUGUUAAAUAAAUAGCCUUUACCUCUGCUUCCCCUGCCUGAGCUCUUCCACCCCCAAUGAUCAACGGUUAGAACUGCAUGACUGAAAAACAGAAAACUUGUCCCAAAGUGUCAAAAAUAGGAGCCGUUUCUCUCUCCCUUAGUAAGUCACCCAGUGUCAUCCAGGAACAGCCUGAGAUCAGCCUGUUAUCUGUUUUACCCCCUAAGGUGUACAGUACAUUAGCUCUGCAUGCUUGCUUGUUACCUUGUCUUGGUUAGGGUUCAUUGCUGUGAAGAGACACCAUGCCCACAGCAACUCUUAAACUGGCUCUCCAAGCAGCAGGAAGAGACUGUGAGCCAGUAGGCCUGUAUUGAGCUUCUGUGACCUCAAAGCCCAUCCCCAGUGACACACUUCUUUCAACAAUGCCACACCUACUCCAGCAAGGCCACACCUCCUAAUUGUGCCUCUCCCUGUGAGCCUAUGGGGGCCAUUUUCGCACACCUCAUGGUUAUAAGAUGUUUGCCUGUCUGCAGCACUCCUGCCUGUGUUCAUCUCAGAUAGAAAGCACAGCAGAAGGAUAAUUGUUCUUCCUACCAGUGUUGUGCUGUUAGCUGGGAAGAGAAACCUUUACCGGGGAGCCCAGCUGAAUCAUACCUGUUUUCUUUAGCUGCAAGGGAGCCUGGGAUGACAAUUAUCUUUCUAGCCUGAGCAGUGGUAGAAGAAAGGGAAAAUGCUGGGAACUGAUACUCUGAGCCAGUCUAGGGUUUUUUUUAUGUUUCCGAGCAUGACAGUCUCUUUCAGGUGAUCAGUGGUCCUCUGGGGUUCUCAGCAGUGACUUUGUUUCUUCGUCUUUAGCGUGACAUUGACCAGGCUGCCAGACAGCACUGCUCAGGGCCUUUUCUCUCAUUGAUGUGGUGGAGUAGAACAUGGAAAACACAUUUUUGCAGUCGUACACCACUGUGACUCCUGUCUUUCUCCACAACAGUCUUUCUGUCACAACAAGCGGUUACAUCACUCAGAGGAAUCACGGCUGUCUUACACUGCCCACAGAAGGGCAACAGCUUUAACUUGUUCACCGUGUACCCCUCAAACCUGUAAUGUACUCGGCACCCGGCAGCUGUGCUGUGGACGGACCUGGACAUGGUCCCCGGCUGAAGAAUGAACAGAUGAGUCAGUGAGUGAAGAAUGAAUGACCGAGGUGAAUUCAGAGUCCUCGGAGUCUGGACACAGAGACUGAUGCCGACUCUGCUCCAUCCAGGGCCAGAUUGACUGGCUCAAGGGCAGAGUCGAGACCCCAGUAGACUUACACUUGCCCCAAGCCUGCUGUAUUCCUUGAGUGAGACAGACUGCCGUUCCUGCAGGCCCUGUUUCAGUUUCAUCUCCCCGGGGAGCCCGCCCCGCCCUCUACCCCGAAGUCCCCUCUUGGUAUUUGCACUCCCCACCAUGACCAUCUCUGUUGCGGCCUCCAUGUGCACCCUCCAUACUUUCCCUUCCCUGUUUGUCCCUGUCUCUCCCAUGACACUGAAGGCCCCAGGAGCAGGGGCCGUCAUAAAGCCUCUUUGUGUCCAGAGGAUAACCCUGGACCGAAUGAACAAGGUUGGCUUGUCCGGACCUGGAUGCGGUUACUGGCUGUUCCUGGCUUCUGUGUGGUGGGACAUCCCCUGGCAGAAAAAAGACUCGAGGGGUGCAGCAUCCCCUGUGCAUGAUUAGUGCCCGUUUGGAAGGCACUACACAAAGAGGGCAUUGUCUGCUGGCUUGCUCCUUCACAUGUGGCACGGCCUUGUCCCUGGGCCUGCUCAUUCACCCAGUUUGUUGAAUUCUCCCUGACUGCCAGCUCCUGUGGUGGGCACCAGGGACAGGGAGAAGACCCAGAACUGAUGACUCAGGUGCAGAGUCAGACUGUGCCUAAUGUUAAGUCAGCUCAGGCCAAGAGAGGAGACCCCAGGAUCCCUCCUCUUUGAUCUCCAGUGCCUAAGCUGUCUUCACCCCCAUGAUGCUCCAGCCAGGAAUCCAGACAGCAGCCAACUUUGACAGACUGCUGUGCUUGCACAGAGUAAACGCCUUAGGACCUUAGCCCUUUUCUUAACUGAAGACCUGCCUCCACCAUCCCUUAUCUUUUCUGGUUUGGCCUUUCCAGAUAUGACUCACAGAGCCCCUCUCCAAAUCCCUAGGGCAGCCACAUGAGGCAAGCGAGGUGGGCAGGCUCUGCUGACGCAGUACCCAGCCCACCCCAGCCUGAGGUCUGUGGAUUAGGCUUCAAGAUCACCUAGGGCAGUUCCAGACAGGGAGUGGCAGGGCAGGCUGAGUACGGCAAGGGUGGGAUGACUGGCCGACCAGUUGGGCAGCCAGAAUCCAGGACCUCAGCAGGGUGGGGCUGCCAAGGCUUUCCAAGCAGCAUUUAUGUAACUGUUCAUUUUAAUGUAUAGGUGUUUUUAUCUUCACAUAAGAAUCCUGAUAGUGUAAUCAAUUAAUUUUAUUACCUAUUUUUAAAAAUAGUUGUGCCAAAUGUGGCUGCUCAUGCCCAGUCCUGAGAAGACUAAGGUAGAGGGAUUCCAAGUUCAAGGACAGCCUGGGCUACACAGUGAAACCCCGUCUCAAAACAAAGAGAUUUAUAGCACUGUACUCUAGUCCACUGGGUGCAGCAGAUAGCCCUGGCUCGUCAUCUUUAUGUACCAAGCAUUUAUUAUCCUGCUGAAUUACUUCCUUGCAACACAUUCCCAGGAGCGAAAUUAAGAUGGGAAAAAGGUAUGAGCAGUUCAAUAGCCCCGGAGCCCUAAAGGGCUGUGCUAAUUCACACUUGAGCUGGCAGUAUGUUUAGGUUGGUUUUACCAUAUAAGCAGCAUGCACUGUUACAACUUUGCUAAUGUUCGCUAAUUUAGUGGGUGUAAAACGGCACAUCAAGGUUCCCCUAAUUUGCCUGAUUAUAGUGACGGCGAGCCUGCCUGUAGGUGCUAAUAUAAGAGUCUCAGUGACAGCUCCCCACAGCUGCUCAGCCACUCUGGCCUGUGUCUCCAUCCCGCAGCUCCUUCUCUGGGUUAUUAUAACCAGCCAGGGCUGUGGCCCUUCAUAGAGGUCCCAGGCAAGUCCUGCUCACCUGCAAGCUAGCCCCGGGCACAGUGCUUUAUCCUAGGGAACUACACCUCCAAAGUCCAACGGUGCCCAUCUUUUCACCAGGGCCUCAACAAGGACCCUUUUCAUUUGUCCAGGUAGCCUCACCUGAGUUGAACUUGUAGCUUAGAGUCAGUAGCACUAAAGUCUAAGAAGUAGCUAGGAGUGGCCAGGCUGUCCUUUAGUGACCCUCUCCAAUGUGGUGUCCUAAGUACCACACCUCAAGGCAACCUGCCAGGUGGGGUUUCAUGUCUGGGCAGCUGGAAAUCUGUGGUCUAAAAGAGUUAAGGAGUGGGUCCCACAGAGUUCAGAUGUGUGGACAACAGAGAAUUCCAUAGAGGUGACAGUGGCUCCAUCACUCCAACCCACACCUCACCUAAAGUUUUAGAAAGAACUCAGCCUUCAAGCAGAAAACCCAUUUGGCCCCAGGCAGACAGCGGGCCACCAGCAGUACCCUAUGGAACAGCAGGGCCAGGUCUGGACUCUGGCAUCCGAUGGCACCAGGAUUUCAGACAGCAUUAAGACAGUGGAUGUCUUAAUGAUGACAGAAGUGUGUACAGAUGCAUAUAGUGAAUGCCCAUGGAGGACAAAGAGCUGCCCCCUGGCAGUUCACCUGCCCCUGGUACCCACCUGCCUCUGGUAACCCACCUGCCCCUGGUAGCCCACCUGCCCCUGGUAGUCCACCUGCCCCUAACAGCCCAUUUGCCCCAGCAGCACACCUGCCCCUAACAGCCCACCUGCCCCUGGCAGUCCACCUGCCCCCCCCCGGCAGCUAGUCCACAGAGGCAAGUGAGUCUAGAGAGUUCAAGCCUCUGUAAAACUCCCAGACCCACAAGUGGCCCAAAGCACCAGAACCACAGACAUGGAAGUCAGGCAGGACAACCCUCAAGUGCCACUCCCUCGCUUUAAUUGAUAACAGCUUUUUAAAAAAAUGUUACUCAAGAAACAUAUGCCCAUUUCUAGGAUGUUUGAAAAAUAUCAAAAAUUAUAAAGAAAAUAAAUACCAAGCCUUUCUCCACUCAUGCAAGGAGUAGAGCCUUUCUCCUUGCUCACUCUGUCCAUGCUCCUUGCUGAUACUGUCUAGCAUGGACAGUUUGCUGUCUGCCUUCUUGCUUUAGAUUAUGAGCACCUGAACUCAUACAAGGAACGGGGAAAUGUCCUUCAUGAACGCUUUCAGGGACUGCAUAACAGCCUUUUGAAGGGACACCCCUGAAUUAUUUCAUUGACAAUUACAUUAGUAAGUAUGGAGCAUAGUAUGUAUGUCAACAUUUUUAUAAGUCAUAUUUAUUUUCUUCCACAG